AUGGGUAAAAAGAACACCAAGGGUGGUAAGAAAGGUAGAAGAGGAAAGAACGACUCCGAUGGUCCAAAGCGUGAGUUGAUCUACAAGGAUGAAGGACAAGAAUACGCCCAGAUCACCAAGAUGUUGGGUAACGGUAGAGUGGAGGCCUCCUGUUUUGACGGCAACAAGAGAAUGGCGCACAUCAGAGGUAAACUCAGAAAGAGAGUGUGGAUGGGUCAAGGUGACAUCAUUCUAGUGUCUCUCAGAGACUUCCAGGAUGACCAGUGUGACGUGGUACACAAGUACAAUCUCGACGAGGCAAGGACCUUGAAAAACCAGGGCGAACUGCCAGAAAACGCCAAGAUUAACGAGACUGACAACUUCGGCUUCGAGUCUGAUGAAGACGUCAACUUUGAGUUCGGAAACGCCGAUGACGACGAUGACGACGAGGAUGACGACGAGCUCGACAUUGACGAUAUUUAA